GUAUGUCAAAUGAUGUGUUCUCUGUAGACUUCGCCUGACAAAGUGGACUACGAGUACAGUGAGCUGCUGCUUUACCAGAACCAGGUGCUGAGAGAAGCGGGUCUUUACAAAGAGGCUUUGGAGCAUUUGUCAAACUAUGAAAAGCAGAUUUGUGACAAACUGGCAGUGGAAGAGACAAGGGGGGAGUUGCUAUUAAAGUUGGAGCGUCUGGAUGAGGCUACAGAUGUCUACCAUCGCAUGCAGGAGAGGAACCCAGAGAAUUGGUCAUAUUAUCACGGUCUGGAGAAAGCACUAAAACCAAGCAGUGUGGAGGAGAGAUUCAAGGUCUACGAGGAUGCUUGGGAGAAGUUUCCAAAAGGCCUCGUCCCUCGCCGGCUCCCCCUCAACUUUCUUACUGGUGAGAAGUUCAGAGAGUGUCUUGACAGGUACCUGAGAAUGAACUUCAGUAAGGGAUGUCCACCUGUCUUCACCACCCUGAAAUCUCUUUACAAUGACAAGGAAAAGGUGUCAAUUAUAGAAGAAUUGGUGGUCGGCUUUGAGACCUCCUUAAAAAGCUCCAGACUGUUCAGCCAAAAUGAUGAUGGUAAAGAGGAGCCACCAACCACGUUGCUUUGGGUGCAGUACUUCCUGGCUCAGCACUACGACAUGGUUGGCCAACAGACACUGGCUCUGGAAUACAUCAACACAGCCAUUGAGAGCACUCCAACCCUAAUCGAACUCUUCCUUAUCAAAGCUAAGAUUUACAAGCAUGCUGGGAACAUUCGAGAGGCAGCCCAGUGGAUGGAUGAGGCACAGGCUCUGGACACUGCUGACAGAUUCAUCAACUCAAAGUGUGCCAAGUACAUGCUGAAGGCUGGCAUGAUCAAAGAGGCGGAGGAGAUGUGCUCCAAGUUCACACGGGAGGGCGCAUCAGCAGUGGAGAACCUGAAUGAGAUGCAGUGUAUGUGGUUCCAGACAGAGUGUGCACUUGCCUAUAAGGCUAUGAACAAGUAUGGGGAGGCUCUCAAGAAGUGCCAUGAGAUCGAAAGGCAUUUUGUGGAGAUCACAGAUGACCAGUUUGAUUUCCACACCUACUGCAUGAGGAAGAUGACGCUGCGCUCAUAUGUGGACCUGCUGAAACUUGAGGACGUGCUUCGGAUGCAUCCCUUUUACUACAAGGCUGCCGUCACUGCCAUUCAGAUAUACCUGAGCCUUCAUGACAAUCCUUUGACUGAUGACAGCAAAGAGUUGCAGGCCGACACUGCUAACCUGUCGGACAAAGAGCUGAAGAAGCUCAGGAACAAGCAGCGCAGAGCCCAGAAGAAGGCCCAGCUGGAGGAGGAGAAGAAGAAUGCAGAAAAAGAGAAGCAGUUGAAGAACCAGAAAAAGAAGAAGGAGGACGACGAUGAAGAGAUUGGGGGCCCCAAAGAGGAGCUCAUUCCUGACAAAUUGGUUAAGGUAGAAAAUCCACUGGAAGAAGCAGUCAAGUUUCUGAUACCUCUCAAACACCUUGUCAAAGAUAAAAUUGACACACACCUACUGGCAUUUGAAAUCUACUUCAGAAAAGAAAAGUACCUGUUGAUGCUCCAAUCAGUGAAGAGGGCGUUAGCCAUCAACCCAGACCACCCAUGGCUACAUCAGUGUCUAGUGCGCUUCUUUAAAGGAGUCUCGGAGAGCAAAGAGCUGCCUGACGUGGUUCGGACAGUCUUGAAGCAAGAAGUCACCCGGCUGUUUGGCGACAGCAAUGCAAAGAGCUUCAACCAGGCCUACCUCUCCAAACACUCCAACUCCAUACCACACCGAUUGGCUGCUGCUAAGAUGAUGGUAUAUAUGGACUCGUCGACACUGUCUAAGGCAGUAGAAUUGGCCACCGCACUCGAUGAGUCACUCAACAACAGAUCUAUUCAGAUCUGUACAGAGGUCCUGGAGAAUCUUCGGAGUGGCUACCUGAGCGACUUGAAGGAGUGUGCCGAGUCGUACCGUGCAGAGUGUCACAAGCUUUAUCCCUACACAUUAGCUUUCAUGCCCCCUGGAUAUGAGGAGAACACCAAGAUCGCUAAUGGAGACGUUUCCACAGAAACAGAAGAGCUAGCCAAUGAGAUGUGAGCAUGACCAGACAAAGGGGGAUGAGAAAAGGAAUAGGGCCUUGCACAGAGCCUUGUGGUACGCCUGGCAGUAAUUUUAUAGAGCCAGACACACGGGAAGCGAAAUAGAUGUUUCGUUCUUCGGCUCAGCUUAAAUUGGGUCUGACCCGGCAUGGCUUGGCUCUUUCCCAUAUGCUGAAAAUCAGGACUGUAUGCGUGUGUGUAUGUCAUGGGUGUGAAUGAGUCUUGAGCAUGUGUGCGGUUUUGUUUAUUUGUGAUAAAGGGGAGGAAGAUUAAAAAAUGGCCAUUUUACUUUUUUAAUAUCGCAACCGACCACACUGAAUAUUAAAGGGGGGGGGGACAACAGUUAUUGGCAAAUGUUGGAGUGAAACUGACCUGACUGGUUUCUCUGAGAUGACAACCACUGGAGUUUGACUCUGCCGCUUCCACCAGCCCAUCGGUUGUUUCUUUUACAAGCAAAGCUAAUUUAAAUAAUAGAAAUGGGACACAGCUGUCACUUGGGAGCAAUCGUGCACUCAGUGAGUUUGAUCCAACGGGUCACCAGGAAUCUAAGCAGAAAGAAUUGAUGAGGACUUGAAGUAGAUGCAAAGGACAUCCAUCAAGCACAGGUGAAUUUGGAUCUGCCGCAACAAUCAUUUGAGCACCAGUGGGCAGUCCGUCUACUCACCACUGCGCAGCAGAGAGCGGACAACAUGACCUGGAAGAAGGCCCAUGCUCCCCUUGCCGUUUUAAUAUUAUGGUCCGUUAACUACUUAGCGGCUCGUAGCAUAAAAUGGAAACUGCAAGGUUGUGUUUUGUCUUCUUCUGAAUACACUGCUACUACUACUACUCGACAUGUUCACAUUUAGGAGAAAGUAUUGGAUCUAAGCAAUAUCAUAGAUGACUCCUGUCCAUCAUUCAACGGUCAUGAUUUUACGUUUGGGUCAAGUGGUCUCAUCAUUUUUUUUUCUGUGUGCAUCUACACUAUAACUCAUACAGGAAGGGUCUUCCAUCGAAAUCCAAAUGACUCUUUGGGAGGUCAGAAUUUGUCAUCCAAAACUGUUCCCUGGGGUCAAACAUGAUGCAAAAAUUUCAGCACCCUAAAGUUGAUCAAUUUUGUUUUGUUGGCCCAUUUCCCUUAUUUCUUGCCCUUCUCUCUAAUUUGGGUUAAUGUGAAAGAUGAAAUCUGAGAUGGCAUUGUAAGAUAUCUCUGGAUUUUUGUAUUAAAACCAAACAAAAGUAAACUUGUUUUUUUAUUUGUUUUUUUUUUUCAAUUAAUUGCAUCUGUUGAUGUAGUCAGACUGAUGGUAUCCUCAUUCUAGGGUCACUGAUCAAGUGCUGAUCUUUGUCAAAGAACGUAGUUUUCUAAUAAUGACCCAGUUGCAAGAACAAUUAUGUGAACCCUUUGGAAUUACCUGGAUUUCUGCAUAAAUUGGUCAUAAAAUGUGUUGUGAUCUUCAUCUAAGUCACAACAACAGACAAACAUAGUCUGCUUGAACUAAUACUACACAAAUUAUUAUAUGUUCUCAUGUUUUUUUUAAUUGAACACCAUGUAAACAUUUGCAGUGUGGGGCGGAAAAAGAAUGUGAACCCUUGGGGUAAUGAGCUAAUUGGGGUCAGAAGUCAGCAACCUGGAGUCCAAUCAAUGAGAUGAGAUUGAAGGUUUUGGGUAAAGCUGCUCUGCCCUAUUAAAAACACACCAGUUUGGCUUUUCUCAAGAUGCAUUGUCUGAUGUGAACCAUGCCUCGCACAAAAGAGCUCUCUGAAGACCUAUGACUAAGAAUUAUUGACAUGCAUAAACCUGGGAAGCGUUACAAAAGUAUCUCUAAAAGCCUUGAUGUUCAUCAGUCCAUGAUGAGUCAAAUUGUCUAUAAAUGAAAAGUUCAGCACUCUUGCUACUCUAACAAGGAGUGCGCCGUUCUAUAAAGAUGACUGCAAGAGCACAGCGCAGAAUGCUCAGAAGGGUGAAGAAUCCUGGAGUGUCAGCUAAAGACUUACAAAAGUCUCUGGUUUGGGGCUGAAUGCUACCUCAGGACCUGGACAGAUUGCUGUCAUUGAAGGAAUAAUUAAUUCCCGAGUUUACAAAGACAUUUUGGACAAGAACUCAAGGCCAUCUGUCCACCAAUUAAAGCUCAACAGAAUAUGGGUGAUGCAACAGGACAAUGACCCAAAGCACAGAAGUACAGUAUAUCAACAACAGCUCCCUGGUGAAUGUUUACAUGGUGCGUUCAAUAAAAAUACAUGAGAA